ACUUUUUUCCCCACUCUUUCAACCUAUUUUUAUCAGCAAAGUGCCAACAUCAUGCACUCCAUGAAUGUCAACAGUUUCAGCCACUCUCUCUCCCACAGAUUAACCUAGCAGUGCCAGUCAGCGCCAGCGCAGGGGCGGUUCAGGUUUAAUGUUUAAGCUUUUAGUACCACCUCUUUUGUCCACACACAUUAGCCAAUCUCCCUGUGUGUGCUAAACCAGGAGUGAGUCACCCGAGAGAUUGAAGAGAGUGAACUGUGUGGGCCUGCUGGACAGUUGUGGCUCAAAAAUCCCAUGAGAAAGUGCCAUCUCUACGUGACCAGAGAGUUGGGGUCAAGCUUCUCUGUGUCUUGCCGUGGUAAAGAUUCUGCGAUUACGUUUUUUCCAAUGAAUUCCCAAAAUCAGCCCACAGCAUGAAAUCAUUCAAGAAACAAGACCACGAGGGUGUGGUCGGGUCCUCCACCAUUAAAGAUCCACCAGUUCCUGUAUGGGUUACUCACACACCCACACCGGAUAAUAUCACCGAUGAUGGUGAGGAUGAUGCGACCUCCACAGGUCGCACAUCCAGUUCUCCACCUUAUGCUGAGCAAGAGAAGGAAAAAAAAGGAAGCCUGAAAGACAGAUUGAAAUCCCUCAUCCCUCAGUCAUGGGGCAAAAAAUGGACAAAAGAAAGCGACUCUGAAGCCAGCACAACUGGUAUCCAGAUCCUACCCAAUGGGACCAGAGUGAGCCCCCCUGUAAGCCCCUUGGUGGAGCGUCGGAACUGGAAUGAAUCUCUGGGAAGCUCCAGUCACAGCUCACAUAAGCCUUUGAUAAGAGAGAGUCCCACUGACGGUCUCUUGGGUCACGUCCCAGUAGAGGAGUCACUACUGUCCAGCAUCCACCCUGCAGAGUAUUACGCUGAGAAGGUGGAGGUCUACAAGCAGAAGUACUCUUAUUUGAAAUCAUGGCCGGGAUUGCUCAGGCUUCUAGCUGGACUUCAGCUCCUAUUUGGAGGAAUGGUUUUUGCAUGUGUCAUUGCUUACAUUCAGAAAGACAGUGAAUGGUCCAACAGCUACGGACUUUAUAAUGGUGUAUACAACAAUGGGAUGGGCCUGUCUGGGUACAGCUACAGAGGUCCUAUGACUCCAUUCAUUCUAGCUGUAGCUGGAAUCUCAUGGAUCCUUACUCUGUGUCUCCUGGUGGUGGGAAUGACAAUGUACUAUCGCACUAUACUUCUUGACUCCUCGUGGUGGCCCCUGACAGAGGCCUUCAUCAACGUGGCCUUGUUCCUGUUCUACAUGGCAGCAGGGAUAGUUUACCUGAACGACUUGAAUCGCGGGGGGCUAUGCUACACAACAAUAGGUAUUAACCCCAUUGUCGCGAAUCUGUGUCGGGUUGAUGGUGGCCAGAUGGCAGGAACAGCUUUCAUCUUCAUCAACAUGGCCCUGUAUCUAGGAAGCUUCCUGGUAUGUCUGAAGAUGUGGAGGCAUGAAGCUGCACGUAGAGAGAGGCAGUAUUUUGAGAACCAGGAGUUUCAACAGUCCAUCCCACUCAAACCGGUAACAACAAAACGCAUAUCAUUCAGGGAUGAUAAAGCUGAUAAAGCGCUGAGUAAAGAUUAUAACAAUCGGGAUAAUGUCCUACAUGAAGUCCAAAAGAAUCCAGUCAACCUGAACCCCAAAGUGCACAUCAUUGCUGACUACAUCAUCAAGUAUCCAGAGAUCAGCUGUGUGGAGGAAAGGGAAAAGUACAAAGCAGUUUUCAAUGAUCAGUAUCAGGAAUACAAAGACCUUCACAGAGACAUCACUGCUACUCUGAGUAAGUUCAGAGAGCUGGAUCUCAUGAUGAAACGACUCCCCAGGGAGACAACUAGCAAAGAGGACCAACGCAGGAUUCAAAGUAUUGUAAAGAAGUAUCACCAGAAAAGGAAUGACCCUACUUUCCUAGAGAAAAAGGAACGCUGUGACUACUUGAAAGCCAAAUUGAGCCACAUUAAAAACAGAAUCCGUGAUUAUGACCAGGAGACCAUGGCAGAUGGUCAGACUAUGUAUGAGCCUCGGUACUAUGAUAGCCCCCCUGUGUACAGCCCACCCUACAGCACUACCUCCCACAGCUUGUAUCCCCCAAGGAGUGUCCAAUCCCCUCGGAGCCAGAAUGUCCCCUAUACCUACGAUGUCCCACCAGAGUCUUACUACAUGGAGGGGAAGCCUCAACACUUCUACCGCUGGUUCUCACCUCCUGGUUUUGUCAAGACCUUCCAAGGAGCCACGGUGCUCAUGUGUUUCCUCAUCUUCGCCUUAGUAGCGUCAACUUUGGUGUGGGACAUGAACAGAUUUGGGUAUGGGGGAUAUGGUGUUGUUGAUACUGGAAGUGUUGGAGGGUUGGGGUCAGGAUAUUACGGAGGUAGCUACGGCUAUGGCGGCUCCUACAUGACGCCUCAGUCUGCCAAGGCAGCGAUGAUUUCUAUGGGCGCAAUCAACUUCCUGGUGUCACUGGGGUUCUUGGUGGCGAGUUUCUCACGGUCACGGAGCAUACGGACAUGCAGGUUUUACCUCACUGUGUUCAUCUGUGAUAUCAGCUUAGCUGUCCUUCAGGGCAUCAUUGACAUCAUCUUUGUUAUUGGUGUGAACCCGAUGUCUCAGAGCUCGCAGAGCAUGCUGUACAACCCCAUGCUCAUGAUGUGUCAGAACAUCCAGGGCAGCCCUAGCCUCAGUGGCAGCGUGGGGGCAGGUUUCCCUGGGGGGUUUCCUCUGUACAAUCAAUACCUGCAGCACUACUGCUACAUGGACCCUGAGGAGGCAGUGGCGUUUGUGUUGGGUCUUCUGGUGGUGGUGGCUUUAUCGUUUUCUGCUUACUUCGCCUACAAAACCCGCAGCAAGAUUUGGCGCCAUGGAAAAGCUAACAUCCAUUGGGAUGAGGCCGUGGCCAGGCCAUCGGAGGGGCAGGAUAUACAGGACUGGGUGAAUCAUGUUGGAGAAGUGCGCAGCACCCAGCAGGCACCCACUGUUGUUGUGUCAGAGAGAGCGGCGCCAGACCUGAGGGAGGAGAACAGCGCGGUCUCCUAUGGCAAUGGAGCAGUCAGCAUCCACAGUGAGGGAAAUUACAAAACCAACAGUUUCUCUGCAAACAAGAGCAAGACACAUGGUGCUGAGCCUUUGUACCAAAACUGCAGGGCCAUAGUUUGUCCCAGCAGCUCUUCAGAUGAGAGUGACAGCAUCAGGCCUCCACCUUAUUACGUGAAGAAGGAACGGAAAAAGGACAGAGAGCCAAUGCCUGCUGCUCAGGUGAUGAUCGAGUCGCAGUAUGAAACUGGUUACACCACGGGAGACACUGGCAACGGGCUGGACCGGGACCGCACAGAUUACCUCUACAGGCUGUACCCAGAGAUAACUUCAGAUGAGCAGCGCAGAAAAUACAAGAAGGAUUUUGACUCAGAUCUGUCUCGCUAUAAGAUCCUCUGCAGCGAGCUGGAUGACAUCAGCGACAAGAUGCACAAGCUGAGCCGAGAGUUGGACGCACUGGAAGAAGACUCCAUGAAGUACCAGGGUGUGGCAGAUGAGUAUAACCGACUGAAAUACCUUAAAAGUACGCCUGAGUAUCAAGCAAAGAAGAAGCAGAGUAAGGAACUUCGGCAAAAACUUUUCCACAUCAAGCGUCUGGUGAAAAUCUACGACCAAGGUUUCUGCUAGUGUACAUUAUUCAUCUGUCCAGAAAGGUGUGCUGACAAGAAUUCAUCCAGCAUUUACUGACUUUUCCUUCACUGGCUGCACAGAACUUCCCAGCUAGUGUCACUAAUACUGGUCCUACAGCCAGUGAACCUCAUUUCUGUUUUUGACAUUAAUGUUCGUGAAGCUGUAAGCAUACAGCAACUCUGUGUGUGGUUUUAAACUGCAUAAGAACACGGCACUGU